AUGGUAGAUAGCAAGCAGAGUGAUUCUCUGCCAGACAUGCAGAAGCAGAAUAAUCAACCUGAAAGUUUGGAGAGUAUUCCUUCUUUUAAUGACUACUCUCGGCCUCAACAUGCAAGAAUUGCACAGGAUGCUUUGGAUGUGGGCGUACAUAUUGAACUGCAUGUUGAAGAGACGAAAGAAAUUCUGCAGAAAGCAGUAGAGCAAAGUUCAACAAUAUUUCACGGUGAGGGCAAGUUACCUGUUGACCAAAUGAGUGAUGAGAUGCACAAAUCAACUCCUCCGCUGACCUCCCAUCCUAAAGAUGCCUACUCUGAUGAGAGGGAACAAAGAGGAGAAGAAAAUUCUGCUUCUCCUCUUAAUCAAGCAUUGUCAUGUGAACAUUCAGAGUCACAUAUUUAUACAGAAAAUAUAACAACAAAGUUUGAUAAUCAUGAAGUCUCUACUUCGGGGAGUUCAGCAUAUCCUUCAUCUCAGCCAAUUGUCAAUGAUGAGAAUGCUGACCUUUCAACCUCCUAUCAAGCCAACAUCUCAGAUGCAUCUAUAAGUACUUCCUGUGUAGGUGAUAAGCUACCUGAUGAUGCUUCUCCUCAGGAUCUAAACAACUUCUUCCUAGAAAGUAGAACAAUAGGGGAAGAUCAAAGUACAUUUUUAUCUGAACUGCAUGGCAUGGAGGGUUCAUUGCCACAAGACCUGAAUUGCUCCCUGCCACAGGGAUUUGCAUCUGAUCCAAAUGACUCUCAGUUGUCUUCCCCUAUUGAAGAAGUCCUGGAUGAUUUUGCUCUGGGCCUUGAUUCUGAGGAUGCUGGUGUGGAGAAAACUGCAUAUAAUCCAUCCUUAUGGACUCCUGUAGAAAUAGAGACUGCUUCAGGCAAUGCAGACUGCAUGUUUGUGGAGCAUCCUCUAAAGCUCAAAAGCACGUAUGCACAAGUUGAGGACAGUUCUGGAACAAGAGACCCAAACGGAGAACCCUUGGUGACCAGCUACAACAGGUGUUUUUUGGGAACCGUUGAUUAUAUAUGGUGUUCGGAAGAUCUCCAGACUGUCAAGGUGCUUGCCCCAAUUCCGAAACAUGCUGUGCAACGGACACCAGGAUUCCCAACAAAGAAAUGGGGAAGUGAUCACAUUGCAUUGGCUUCGGAAUUGGCAUUCACAAAAGAUGCAAGCAACAAUAACAUAGAAGUUCAGUAA